AGGAGCGCUGAGGGUAACGCAUUCAACUCCACACUGAUUUUACUUGUGGGUGUGUGCGUUCCUUAAUGGCAAGGGGUCUGCCUCCGCAUUCGCCUUGAAUGCGUGUGUGUGUGUUUGUGUGUGUGUGUGUGUGUGUAUGUAUGUUUGCGUGCGUCUCAACCCACAACAGUGUGGGUGGAAUAGAAAUUAUACGAGGGUGGGUGGAAAAGCAGUGAAAGAGGAUGGGUGGGGGGAGCAGAGAGGCAGGGCGAGGGAGUCGAUAGAGAGAGAGGAGGAGGAGGAGGUGGGCGAGCAGGGGGAUGAGAGCGAGAGGGAAGGGGAAUCUAGCGACAGCGACACUCUAUAGUGGUUUGGACAUUUGAAAGCCAUCAAGCUUUGCCGCUUUGCAGCUUCGUCUCUGAACACAGACACACACAGUCACAUUCAACAGCUGAUGAAAUGUGUGCUGAGGGGAGCUCUCACAUGCUGUGCUGAGGAUUACAAGUCUCUUUCUUCAUGGAGCAGCAAACUUUGAGCGUGGAUUCUGAAACGACCGCUGAUCCAUCCGCUGCAGUCUCCGAUGGAGAGCUGAACAGCGUGGAGCUGCAGGGCUGCAGCAGCGACAACAGUCUGAACAGUAAUGCCAGCCUUCCCAGCGUCCAGAGCCACCGGCGCCACACAGAGAGGAGAGUGGCCAGCUGGGCGGUCUGCUUCGAGAGGCUGCUGCAAGAUCCUGUGGGAGUCCGCUACUUCUCGGAGUUCCUGAAGAAGGAGUUCAGUGAGGAGAACAUCCUGUUUUGGCAGGCCUGUGAGUUCUUCAGCCACGUCCCUGAGAAUGACAAGAAGCAGCUCUCCCAGCGUGCCAGGGAGAUCUACAACAGCUUCCUGUCCAGUAAAGCCACAACGCCGGUCAACAUCGACAGUCAAGCUCAGCUCGCUGAUGACAUCCUCAAUGCUCCCCGACCUGACAUGUUCAAGGAGCAGCAGCUGCAAAUCUUCAACCUGAUGAAGUUUGACAGCUACACACGGUUCCUCAAGUCUCUGCUCUACCAGGAGUGUAUGCUGGCGGAGGUGGAGGGCAGGCCUCUGCCGGACCCUUACCACGUCCCCAGCAGCCCCACCUCCAAACACAGCACCACAGGCUCCGACCGCUCCAACCUCUCCACACCCAAGAAGGAGGACAAAAAGAGUAAAUCUGGUCGAUCGUUAAAUGACGACAGCAGAGAUGACUCAGGCGACAGGAAGAAAGGCAUUUUCUUCUCAUGGUCCCGCAACAGGAGCUUCGGCAAAGGCCCCAAGAAGCGAGAGCUGACAGACUUCAACUACAAUUUCUCCGGCAGUAAUGGUCGGCGUGAAUCGCAGGGUUCACUGUCGUCAGGAGCCAGUCUGGAGCUGGGGACUUCAGGGUCUGGGAAGAAUGAGGGAGAUGCUUCCCGUGGUGCAGUAUCGCUGUCAACAGAGCGCGGAGGGGGCAGCGCCCCCUUGAGGCAAUGUAACAUAAGCUUGCCGGAUGGCUCGUGUUGCUCUGUGCCACUGAGGGCCGGAGUGUCCAUCAGGGACCUGCUGCUGGGCCUCUGUGAGAAGCUCUGCAUCAACUUGGCAGCUAUAGACCUCUUCCUGGUUGGAGGGGAGAAGCCACUUGUUUUGGACCAGGACUGUAUGACGUUGUGCUCACGGGACCUCCGACUUGAAAAACGCACUCUUUUCAGACUCGACUUGGUCCCUAUCAACCGGUCUGUGGGCCUCAAAGCUAAACCCACCAAGCCAGUGACUGAGGUCCUCAGGCCUGUGGUCGCCAAGUACGGCCUGCACCUCUCUGAAUUAGUAGCUCGCAUUAGUGGGGAGUCAGAACCUUUAGAUCUAGGGCUUCCUAUUUCCAACCUGGACGGGCUGCGAGUGGUGUUAGAUGUAGCGGACUCCACUCCUGGAAAAGCAGACAAACAGAAAGUAGCUCCCUCUAAGAGUCACAUCCCGGCGUCUACGAGCAGGAACCAAUCUUCAACUGGGGAGGAUAGGCCAACAGGGAAAGCCGGUUCAGCCCACCCCCGUGGGGAAAACGGCAAGGCUGGGCACAGCCCUGACCCAAGAGGCCUGGCCUUACCCAACAACUCUGGGUCUCUCCAUAAGGCUCCGGAGAAACGAAAGCAGAAAAAGAUUAAUAUAGACGAAGCUGAAGAGUUCUUCGACCUCAUAUCCAAAGCUCAGAGCAACCGAGCAGACGACCAGCGAGGCCUGCUAAACAAAAGCAACCUGCAGCUUCCAGACUUUCUGCGCCUGUCGCCAGGGGCAACCAACCCAUCGGCACCUCCCCUCUUCGACCCUGAGCCCAGUUGCUCCACCCCUAAUUCCCGUAACCCCAACAACGGCAGCUUCCCUAGCAGCGGUCGCCGGGGCAAUAAGACAAACAUUAAUGACAGGGGCGGAGGCGGCGGUGGCCCUCACCCGCUCAGCGCGAGCCAUCAGUCCCAGAGCCUGGACUCUGCACUGGGCACUGAGAACGGAGGGGGGAGGAAAUCCAGAGCACUGCCACCGUUUCCCGGCACCGUCUCCCCCGUCCACCCCUCGUCCAGCAGGGGGGAAUCCGUCCAGAUGCUGGAGGAGGACACCCUGUCCGAUCUGACUCUCGUGGGAGAGGGGGACAUUAACAGCCCCAGCCUCAACUACAUCACUCCCUCAGCCCUCCCCUGCAAACCCCAACCCCAUCAGCAAGCACGGGACGGUAGGCCUAGCUCAGGUACCUUCCCUGUGUGACCCUUUUGAACUUUCCCCUCUAUCUUCACCUGACUGCGAGCGGAACUGGAAAACCCACUGCCGUCAGGCUGAAGCCGCUUGCUGGUCUGUGGCUGAACGGCCCAGAAUGCAUCCAGAUCUCCUCCCUCCCGUUAUUUAGCUAGAACAUCUUUCAAUUCAACACAUCGCUUACUACACUCUAACGCUAAUCUCAGAUUGAAGUGUAAAUAAACAGUAAAUAAUGUAAAAAAUACAAUGCUUAUAAGAGAAGUGAGUGUUCAUAUAGCGAAACAAUGGAUAGUGAGUGAACAUAGUGAUGUAUGCACUACUUUCAGGCCAGCAUGUACUGUAUAUCAGCUGCAGCCCUAAAAUAGACGAGGCUCAUUCAGAGAGGAAAGAUGGAUGCAUUAGGUCCGGACCUGUCAUUUCCCUGUGUGGUGUGUAUCUGUGUGAACUCUUGAGCGGACUUGCUGUGGAAUCCUUUUUUCGGAGACGUAAGCUCAAGGACGAGCUCAGGACAAAUUGGCGAUGACCAGUGCCAGACUCCUUCUUCCGGCACCCCCCCUUCAUUGUACAGAAUCUAGCAAUGCACUUUAGCCAAUUUACAAUAAGGAGACUUAACACGUCUUUACAUGUCUUUCAAAAAGGGUCUGUUUCACGCUCCAGUCACUAGCUCUCCCACCUCCAAAGUGGGACUGAAGCUUCAGCUGUGCUCUUACAAGUGGACUGUGUGUUAUUUCGAGUUUAUUAAAAGCCUCUCAGCACACUGCCACGACAGGCCCGACCCCUAAAACACAAACAUAUGCUGCAGCACCGUGAACACAGUCAUCUGCAUCAGCUGUUGUUUAUCAUCUAUGACACAGGACGUUCCACCGCUGUCCUCUCACAUCAAGCGUUUCUCGUGUCGCCCAUGGAAACCCAGACUGUGGCGAGCGGGCAGACAUUCAGCGCUCGCCCCCUGUGAUCAAAUGGUCCAGAGUCCUCUGCAGCGACUGUACAUGAGCGGCCCUCUUGUCUGUUUCUAAUUUCCAUUCUUCUUCUUUGUGCUUUUAUCACACAGCAGCACGUUUUUAUUCUCGGUCCCUCCAAAGUUAAGCAGGGUUCAUAGCUGUUGGCUCACUUCAGGGUUUCAGCUGGAAAUAAUUGGACUAAUAAAGACAAACCUUUUCACUUUUUACCAAUUCUUCAUCUUCAAGAAAACAUAUAUUUAUCCCACCUCCUUUUUCAUUUUAGUCUCAGUUAAAAGUAUUAACUUGUAUAUAGUCAAGUUUGUGAAACCAGCGUAUUGUUGUAGUCAUGGUUAAAAGGCAAUGCAGCCAUGCUGUUGCUUCAGUUGUGUGACAGUAGAAAUCAAUUCUCCUCUGUUCAGUUGACUGUACUGUCUGUAAAUAGAUCAAAUAAAUGUUUAAGAGGUUGAACUCGCUCUGCAGA